AUGAAACCUACCCAGUAUCCAUUGAGGGUAUCCACGCCCGAGAUGAAAAAGAGAGAGAGGGAGACGGAGGGACGGAGAGACAAGAUGCCGCCGCAACGCCCAUCAGGUGACUCUCCGGUCACGCCCCGUCUCUUUUCUCUUCUCGUCCUUGUCUUUCCUCAUCGCCGCAACUCAAUCGCUUCGUCGCAUCUCAACCAUUCGGAUGAAUGCCACCCACACGAGCUUCUUUUUGGCUCGCAGUCCCAGCAUCACGAGGCUCUCGGAUUGCUUGGUCCUUCCUCUCGUUCGGGUCUAGCGUCUUGCUUCUGCCCAACGCUAACCAGGCAGUCCGUCUGCCACGGCUGA